GUCAGACGGCGCGGCGCUUUACGGCUGUCGCGCUUCACGUUUCGGCAAGCAUGGAGGCAGAGGAGUCAGAGAAGGAGGCCGCGGAGCAGGAGCCUCUAGAAGGGGGAGACCCGGAACAAGAGGCGGAGAAGGAGCAGGACGAAUCCGAAGAAGCCGCCGGCGGCGCCAAGAAGCGAGUGGUGCCGGGCAUCGUGUACCUGGGCCACCUCCCGCCCCGCUUUCGGCCUUUGCACGUACGGAACCUUCUCAGCGCCUACGGCGAGGUGGGGCGCGUCUUUUUCCAGCCCGAGGACGGCUUCGUGAGGCGCAAGAAGAAGGCAGCAGCCGCGGCCACAGGAGGAAAAAAGCGGUCCAAGUACAGCAAGGACUACACCGAGGGCUGGGUGGAGUUCCGGGACAAGCGGAUAGCCAAGCGUGUGGCGGCCAGUCUGCACAACACGCCCAUGGGCGCCCGCAGACGCAGCCCCUUCCGUUACGACCUGUGGAACCUGAAGUACCUGCACCGAUUCACCUGGUCCCACCUCAGCGAGCAUCUUGCUUUUGAGCGCCAGGUGCGCAGGCAGCGCCUGAGGGCCGAGGUUGCCCAGGCCAAACGUGAGACUGACUUCUAUCUUCGAAGUGUGGAGCGUGGGCAGCGCUUCCUUGCCGCCGAUGGGGACUCUACCCGCCCGAACAGCUCCUGGGCCUUUGCCCAGCGUCCUACCGAGCAGGAGCUGAGGGCCCGGAAGGCAGCUCGGCCAGGGGGUCGUGAACGCGCUCGCUUGGCCAAUGCCCAGGACCAGGCCCGCUCCAACCGAGGGCUCCUUGCCAGGAUCUUCGGAGCCCCACCACCAUCAGAGACCGUGGAGGAAACCUCACUGGUUAGGGACUCUUGAGGGGCAGAAAGGCCCCUUCCACCUCGUAGCCCAGCCCAGCCUCUGUCCACUGACGACUACACAGGCACACAUUUUAUUGUGUUUCUCAGACCAGAGUCUCGGGUGAGUGCCCAGACAUAGACAUUUUGCGGGGCCUCCUCACCUUUCCAACCCCUAUGUAUGCCUGGCUGAAGCACCUAAUUCAUAUUAGCGUGAUUAUGACUAUUACAGAUACCUCUUUUUUCUUGUUUGAGUCUUGACUGCCUGCCUGCCGCCCAUUGGGGCCCUCUAAAAAUCCCACUUCCUGGCCCCAGGAAGAGCCUUCCAUCGAGCUAGAGGUAAUGGUUAGUCUAGGCAGCAGCAACAUCAUUUUAUUUAGAUUAACAGGGACAUGGGUUAAAGGGGUGCACCUGGCUUGGGAGCCACCUUCCAAAUGUAUUUAUAGAAAAAAUAUUUUAAAAAUG